AUGGCGGCUUGGCACCGGAUAACCGCCUUCUCUGCGCUGCUCCAAGUCGGUUUGUUGUUGUUGCUGUUGUCGGCUCGGAGCAGCGGGAGACCGUUGGAGAAAUGUCCCGGCGACAAGUCUUGUCAGCCCCCGAGACCCCCUGUGGUCCUCAUUCCGGGGGACCUGGGAAACCAGCUGGAGGCGAAGCUGGACAAACCCAGCGUGGUCCAUUACAUCUGCUAUAAGAAGACCGACUCCUUCUUCACGCUGUGGCUCAACCUGGAGCUGCUGGUCCCUGUGGCCAUAGACUGUUGGAUAGACAACAUCAGGCUGAUCUACAACAGGACCACACACAGUACCUCGUCCCCGCCAGGCGUGGACGUCCGGGUCCCAGGGUUCGGACAGACGUAUUCACUGGAGUAUCUGGACCCCAGCAAACGCAGUGUCGGCAUGUAUUUCUUUACUAUCGUGCAGGCGCUGGUGGAGUGGGGCUACACCAGAGAUGAUGAUGUCAGAGGAGCUCCCUAUGACUGGAGGAAAGCCCCCAAUGAGAAUAAAGAGUAUUUCCUGGCGCUGCAGCACAUGAUUGAAGAGAUGGCGGAGAAGGCCGGCGGGCCCGUGGUGCUCAUCGCUCACAGCAUGGGCAACAUGUACACUUUGUACUUCCUCAACCAGCAGCCCCAGGCCUGGAAAGACAGAUACAUCAAAGCUUUCGUCUGUCUGGGGCCACCGUGGGCCGGGGUGGCCAAGACCCUCCGUGUGCUCACAUCUGGUGAUAAUAACCGCAUCCCAGUGAUCAGCCCGCUGAAGAUUCGCUCCCAGCAGCGCUCUGCCGUCUCCACCUCCUGGCUGCUCCCCUACGCCCACACCUGGCCCAAAGAUAAGGUCUUGGUGCAGACACCCACCACCAACUACACUGUGCAGGACUACCAGCGCCUCUACUCGGACAUCGGUUUCGAGGACGGCUGGCUGAUGCGACAGGACACGGAGCCGCUGGUGACUGACCUCACACCGCCCGGCGUGGCCAUCCACUGCUUGUACGGCAGCGGCAUCGACACGUCGGAGGCCUUCCAGUACACCGACAAGUUCCCGGACGUGGAGCCCACCGUGGUUUACGGCGACGGGGACGGCACCGUGAACCUGAUGAGCGCCGUGCAGUGCAAGCGGUGGAUAGGGAGGCAGAAACAGCCUGUGAAGCUGAUGGAGCUCCCGGGGAACGAACAUGUGAACAUGCUGCUGAACUUCACGACUGUGGCUUACAUCAAGCGUGUGCUCUUCUCACCCUGACGCAGGAAGAUGGCUUUAAUCACACAUGCACGCAUAUACUGAUUUAUCUGGUUCACGCUCACAGCUUCUUGAAGGACAGACAGAGACUGACUCAGCUCGCUUGUCUCUCCAGACACUGACGGCCAAAUCCUCCCCUCAACAUGCCACAUUGCUGAAGUGAUAGUAUUAAGACGUUUUUAGUACAAUUGAAGAAUCAAAAUUUAAAAAUUAAUUUUAUAGCUGUAACCGUUAUGUUAAUGUCGGGUUGUUUACUGUCGAGGUUGUUAACUUUUAUAUAUCGGUCUCAGCUUGCAAAGAACCUGAGAUUUUACUUACUGCAUUUGCGUUUUAUUAUGGAGAACGUGUGUACGCACCAGUCAUAAACCAGGGAUAUAGAGAACGUGCCACUUUCAGAGUUAUUAAUCACCGUCUGAUCUUUUUAUUAAUGUUGUGGAAGACAUUUCUAAACUCCUUUGUCUCUGAUGUUGUUUGGAUUCAAUGGUGAAGCACAUACAGUGUUCAUAUCUUUGUCGGUGCAGCAGGUGACCUGAGCAGAUGGCAUUUGUUUUUCGAGCGAUUCGUCCGUUGUUCCGCGUUUUUGCACGCAGCACAAGCUGUUCAAGGACUUUGGUUUAAUCGUGUCGUCCGUGUCACAUGAGUCAUGUGCUGAGGGGCUGACUGGAACCACACCUGCGCCGUAGAAGUUGACUUUCGGCACGUUCGAAGUUUAACAGUUUUACAGAGCU